AUGGCAGUUGCCUACAUGUUCACCAAUCCCAGGUACUCGUUUUUGGAUAUUGGACCGCUAUCCAAGGGGCAUUCUUUAAUCAUUCCAAAGUAUUGCGGGGUCAAAUUGGCGGACAUCCCAGAUGAGUUCCUUGCCGAUGCUAUGCCGGUCGCGAAGAAGAUUGCGAUUGCUACAGGAGCGCAAGAUUACAAUAUCCUCCAAAAUAACGGAGAGAUUGCUCAUCAGGUCGUCAAGCAUGUUCACUUCCAUGUGAUUCCGAAGCCAGAGGCCAGCGACAAGCAAGGCCUUGUUAUUGGUUGGCCAACACAGAAGCCAGAGAUGGAUGAACUCAAGGCACUUCAUGCUGAAAUGCUAUCAAAGUUGUAG